UAAGUUUUGAAGAGAGUGUGUAGAGAGUAAUAAAAUUCAGGACUUCCAGGGGUUGAAUUCUCAGACAGGUUUUUGCGAAUCAGGGGUUAUUCCAACGAGAGGGAUAAAGACUAGAGAGAGAUUUUCUGUAAACCAGAAACGAGGUCUCUGUGAAUUUCCUGAAACUGGAGAGGCUUGUAGCUUUGAAGACAUGACCAGUAAUUCACAAUCGUCUGGGACCCAGCCGCUUUGGCCUCCGAUUGUUGGAUCAGCUGGUCCUCCUCAGAACUUUGGCCCACCCAUGUCUAUGCAGUUUCGGCCCGUUGGUUCUCAACAACAAGGACAGCCUUUUAUUCCUCCAGGGUCUCAACAGUUUCGGCCUGUUGGUCAGGGAAUGCCUGUACCAAAUGUUGGACCGUCUCCUCAGAAUCAGCAGCUCCCUUUUCCUCCAUCAAUGCAUCAGUUACAUCAAAGACCUGGUCAGCCAGGUCAUGGUCCACAGCCAUCACAAGCAAUUCAGAUGCCAUUCAUGCAGCAAAACCGGCCUAUUACCUCAGAGUCGCCUCAGCCUCACCAAAACAACCAGCAUAUGCCAGGUGUAGGUGGCAGUGGGAUGCCUCCUUCCUCAUAUACCUUCGCACCAUCUCCCUAUGGCCAGCCUCAAAAUAACAUUAACGCAUCAUCACAUUACCAGCCAAUCUCUCAAAUGCAUACAGGGGUUGCACCUGCUGGUGGACAAACUUGGUUGCCAUCGGGACCUGUUGCCACAGCAAUGCAGGGCCAGCAAUCAUCUGCUACAGCUGCUGCAGUUCCAGCAACAAAUCUUCAACCAAAUCCCUCCAUUCAGUUGUCAUCAGAUUGGCAAGAACACACGUCUACUGAUGGCAGAAGGUAUUAUUAUAACAAGAAGACAAAGCAGUCUAGUUGGGAAAAGCCUGUUGAACUAAUGACACCAAUUGAGAGAGCUGAUGCAUCCACUGAUUGGAAGGAGUUCACUAAUUCAGAUGGAAGGAAGUAUUAUUACAAUAAGGUUACCAAGCUAUCUAAAUGGACAAUACCUGAAGAAUUGAAGUUGGCUCGCGAGCAAGCAGAGAGAGAAGCCAGUCAAGGGGUUCAGUCAGAAAGUGCUUCGCUUUCUCAACCCCAAGUGUCUCUCACUAUUCCGUUGCCCGAAGCAUCUAUACCAUCAUCUGCACCAUCUGGGACAACAACAAGCCCUGUUUCUGUUGCGCCAAUCGUUGCCGUUGCAAAUCAACCCACUAUUGCAGCUUCUGGAUCACCAUCCCUUCCUGUUCUGUCAACAAAUGCUGCUGGAGUUCAAUCUCCAGUUGCAGCUGUCACUACCUUAUCUAAUUCUACUUCCAGAGAUGGUGGAGUUCCAGUUGCCACUACACCAGCUGCGAGUACUUCAGAUAUUGCAAAUUCUUUAGAUGGUGGAGCUUCUAUCCAAGAUUUAGAGGAAGCAAGAAAAGGAAUGGCAGUUGCUGGGAAAAUUAAUGUUACCCCAUCCGAGGAGAAGGCAGUUGAAGAAGAAACCUUGGUUUAUGCAAAUAAACAGGAAGCUAAAAUUGCAUUUAAAGCGCUCUUGGAAUCUGCAAAUGUGGAAUCUGACUGGAACUGGGAGCAGGCUAUGAGAGUAAUAAUAAAUGACAAAAGAUAUGGCGCCUUAAAAACACUUGGGGAGCGGAAGCAAGCGUUUAAUGAGUACUUGGGUCAGAGGAAAAAGCAAGAGGCUGAGGAAAGGCGUGUUAGACAAAAAAAGGCUCGGGAGGAAUUUGCAAAAAUGUUGGAAGAAUCAAAAGAGCUUACAUCAUCCACAAGAUGGCCCAAAGCUAUGAUAAUGUUUGAGAAUGAUGAGCGGUAUAAAGCUGUUGACCGAGCCAGAGACCGUGAAGAUAUUUUUGAAAAUUUUACGCUGGACCUACAGAAGAAGGAAAAGGCAAAAGCACAGGAGGAGCACAAGAAGAAUAUAAUGGAGUACAAACAAUUCCUGGAAUCUUGUGAUUUUAUUAAACCCAGCAGCCAAUGGCGGAAAGUUCAGGAUCGCCUAGAGGAUGAUGAAAGGUGCUCACGGCUUGAAAAAAUUGACCGCUUAGACAUCUUUCAGGAAUAUAUACGGGAAUUAGAGAAAGAGGAGGAAGAGCAGAGGAGGAUUCAGAAGGAGCAAUUGAGACGUGCUGAGCGUAAAAACCGCGAUGAGUUCCGCAAGUUGAUGGAGGAGCAUGUUGCUGCCGGCGAUCUCACUGCUAAAACUCACUGGCGCACCUAUUGUAUGAAGGUAAAGGAUUUACCAGCUUAUAUGGCUGUGUCAUCUAACACAUCCGGUUCAACACCAAAGGAUUUGUUUGAAGAUGUUGCCGAAGAGCUGGAGAAACAGUACCGGGAUGAUAAAACUCGAGUGAAAGAUGCUCUGAAGUUGGGAAAGAUUACUAUGUCGUCUGCUUUGACUUAUGAAGAGUUCAAGGCUGCUAUUGCGGAGGAUCUGAACUCCGUAUCAGAUAUUAACUUGCAGCUUGUAUUUGAAGAGCUGCAGGAAAGGAUCAAGGAGAAGGAAGAGAAGGAGACUAAAAAGCGACAACGUCUGGCUGAUGACUUCUCUGAUCUAUUACACUCAAUUAAGGAUAUAACAACAUCUUCAAAUUGGGAGGACUGCAAGCCACUAUUUGAAGACAGCCAAGAGUAUAGAUCCAUUGCAGAAGAGAGCGAUAAGAAGGAGCUAUUUGAGGACUACAUUAGACUUUUGCAAGAAAAGGCUAAAGAGAAGGAACGGAAACGCGAUGAAGAGAAGGCAAAGAAAGAAAAAGAAAGAGAUGAUAAAGAGAAAAGGAAAGAGAAAGACAGAAAGGAGAAGGAGAGAGAACGCGAUAGGGAUAAGGAGAGGGAACGCUCUAAGAAGGAUGAUACAGAGAGCGACACUGUUGAUGCAUCUGAUGUGAAGGAGGAGAGAAAAAGGGACAAAGAUAAGGAUAGGAAACACCGAAAGCGACAUCAAAGUGGGGCAGGUGACAUGAGUUCUGAGAAGGAGGAGAAAGAUGAUUCAAAGAAAUCACGAAGACAUAGUAGUUCUAGGAAAAAAUCAAGAAAGCAUGCAUACACGCCUGAUUCAGAUAGUGAAGGUGGGCACAAGAGACAUCGGAAAGAUCAUAGAGAUGGUUCCCGCAGAAAUGGCACUAAUGAGGAGCUUGAAGAUGGGGAACUUGGAGAGGAUGGGGAGAUACGUGCGAACAAAGGCCAUCCCUGAGUGUGCAAAGAAUCCUGCUUGAGCAGUUCCUUUUUGGUCAAGAAAGUUAUAUCCGGAGCAUCUUAUCAAAUUCAGCUGCAUGGAAUAGCUUACCAGGUAUGAUGUAAAAAUGGAUUUUAGCGAGAUGCCUUGGAGAUGUUGAUGAUAAUGCUUAAAAUGGUUAUCUUAGCUGAUCUCUCAUACCAAAAGGAGGAUAUCUUUGAUAGUGAUUUUGUGAACUUUGAGAUUCGGAAAUAUGUCGGAUGUUUUGGAGUUGGAAGGUUAGUUUCGACUUUGGUAUGGUUCACCUACAUGGCUAACAUUUACAAAUAAAUAAGAUACAUUAAAUUGCUUUUACUUGUUUUUUUA